AUGGUGGUAUAUAUUGUUCUUGAAUCAUCAUCGAAUGCUUUCAAACGCACUCCCUUCCAGCUCUACGGGAGAUGGUCAUACAUCAAAAAGUCUCGAGACCUUGAAUGGCUCUGUGAACCAAGGCUAUAUCUCCGACAAUGGUUCAAGACCAUUUCCACUGAUGCCCGCGGAGCUCAUGGUCACAACAGUGUUUGGUAUCAUUGGAACAAGCAAAGAGCAGGCUCAUUGGUGGAAGGCGACCAAAAGAUUGAAUACCAUGCAGACGCAACUCUCAGGAAGAAACCCUCCGCUGCUCCCAUUGAUACAUCACUUGAUCCGGCCUCAUCUGACACUACAACGUCCAGCAUCAGAAAUAAACGCCCAAGUUGGGUACCUGGAACCUCGUUCUUUGAAGAGACAGGUCUUGUGCGAGAAUCAUCAGGUUAUCCAGAACAAGGAUCUUUGCACCAGAUCAGCAACAAAGACGUGGCACUAACCAAAGGGAGAAAUAUGUCUUUGAUAAAACCUGACCUGGAUGAUGCGGUGCCAGGUGCAAAGUCUUCACAACACCAGACUGAUAAGAUUAUUCCAAUUAUCCCAUUUCUCAAAGAAGAAAAAGAAAAUCGAGUAGUAGAUCAGAAAUGUCGCAGUAUCAAAGGAGAAAACCAGGAGGACAAGGUGCAUGCGGACAACCAAGGGCCAAAGUUGAAUCAAGUACCAGAUUUGACAAAUGCCACAGCAGCAGUAAACCCCCAUAAGAAAAAGAAAUGUAUUUCAAAACUCUCCAAGGGGAAAUGGGGCUCAACGUCAAAAAAAUCCAAUCAAUCAGAAACAGGCACAGACAAUGAGAAGAUUGUGGCAGAAAAAUCAAGUGAAUCACUCAAGGUGGAUCAACACAAUGACACACAGCAGGAAUCUAUGAACCCACAUCAAACCAAGACUGAUCAUGAUAAGUUUGGUGAUCAUACAGGAUCCUUUGCAAAAGAGAGUGGCAAUAACAAGCUACAGGAACAAAAUCAAAACCCAAAUCAGACAGAAUCAAACACAAUCAAAACCCAUAUCAAAGAAGAAAUCAACUCACAACAACAGCAUAAGACUCCAAAGUUAACCACCCCUAACCAAAAAACUAGGCCCCUCAGAAGAGUUUUUGAACAAGGAACAAUUGAUAAAGGAGGAAAGAAAUUUCUUGCUCGAAUUGAAAGCAGUUCUUCAGGAGAAAAUCCUGAACUAAAAUUAGAAAACAAUUCACAAAAAGCAAGUGUUGGAGGAAAGCCUGGAGUGAAAUCAGGAAAUGAUUCUCAAAAAGGCUGCAAAAAAGAUAUUCUUGAUGAAAAAUCAGCAGUAAAAGCAGAAACUAAUCCUGGAAAGGAGACUCUGCAAGGAAUUUCUUCAGCACAAGUAGAAACUUCAUCAAAGCAAGAAAAUAUACAUGGGUCUUACAUUUUCAAGGACAAAGCACCUUCAAUGGAAGAAGUAUUGUCUCAGGCCAUCAAAGAAAUGUCCCCAAAACAAGACACAAUCAUGGAACACACAACAUCUAAAGAACAGACCUCUGAUAAAGAAGAAAACAUUCAAACCAAAAAAUUGAUGCAAGGAGAUAAAGAAGAUCUACACAAUCCUUCAAAGAAUCCUAACCAAGAAGGUCUUUAUGAAUUUCCAAGUAUUGCCUCUAAAGAUCAAACUUUUCAAGGAAAAAGUGUUGAUAAGCCAAAUGAUAAUCACCACAUUGUGACACAGCUUGGAGAAGCACAAUAG